AUGGAGGGAACCCGCCCCGGGACGGCCGACCUGGAGAGCGACGCCGCUCAGGCUGGGACCCCGCCGGCCGCCCCCUCCGAAGACAUUCCCAAGAGUGUCCCCGAGGCCGUGUUUUCCUCCGCACCCAUUCUAGACUUGAGUCGUAGAGGGCUUCAACAUUUAGGAGCCGUCCUUAAAAUCCCCACCCUUAAACAAUUGCAUCUUCAGAGAAAUGAGCUCUGCACAAUCCCGCGAGACUUCUUUCAGCUGCUGCCCAACCUCACCUGGCUGGACCUGCGGUUCAACAGGAUCCAGGCGCUUCCUCCUGGGAUUGGCUCUCACAGGUAUUUGAAAACUUUGCUUUUAGAAAGAAAUCCUAUCAAAAUGUUACCUGUGCAGCUGGGGAACGUGACGACGCUGAGGGCGCUGAACCUGCGGCACUGCCCUCUGGAGUUCCCACCUCAGGUCAUAGUGCAGAAGGGCCCGGCCGCCAUCCUGAGAUUCCUGCAAGGCUCGGCCUCCAAACACCCUGCCCGCCUAGACCCAGUUCCUCAAGCGAAGAGCCUCAGCCAGCUGCCGUACCCCCUGCUGGCCUUCCCCGGAGAGGGACACACCACGAACCCUCAGGGGCCGAAGGGGACCAUGUUGAAAGAGAUGGAGGGCCUGUUCCCACCUGUGGAAAAGCUGGACCUGAGCGACCUCCAGAAAUCCGCCGAAUGCUGGGAAGACUGGCCGAACGAGGAGGAGAUCCGGCGCUUCUGGAAGCUGCGGCAGGAGAUUGUGGAGAAGGAGCAGGCGGAGGUGCUGCAGAACCAGCUCCUCGCCAUGGAGCUGCCUCCCAACCUGCGGGCCGUGCUGCGCAGCCGGGGCGAGGCGCACCCCGACCCCAAAACUGCCCUCAGAAGGAAGCCGCCCUCCAUCAACGCGCUGCCUAGCCUGGCGUUAGCGUACCCGGCGGGGACGAGAGUAGAGCAGCUGGAGGAGAGGCGGGCUUCCGUCUUCAGGGAGCUGCGGGAGAAGCAGGAGCAGAUGGAGCAGCGCAGGAGAGACAGACGGGCCCUGCUGGAGUGGCGAGAGCAAGCCCACACGAUGAGGAAGAGGAAGCGGGAACUCGGCAAACUCCGGCCUCCAAGACGGACGCUGGAGGCACCCAAGCUCCCCUUUGCCACCGUUCUGAUGGGCAAUGAGAAAAAGCCAGCGACACUGCUUGGGAGAGGGGGACAAGCCAAAGAGAAGUCGCUGCAAGCAAGUAACGAGCUGAGGGCCUUCUGGGAGCAGGGCCUGGAGAGGAAGCUGCAGCAGCACAUCCGGCAAAUACAGGAGCGGAGGAAAAUGUUUCAAGGCAUGGCACCGUUCAAGGAUGUGAGGAAGGCCUCGGAGGACCUGGAGGUGGCCAGAACGCUGCUGGACGGAGUCAUGAAACUGAGCAAGAGCCACGGGGGCCCGGCCCUCCUCGGGAGCCACCCACUGUGCCUGCCGGCGUUGCAGCAUCAGAAUAUGUUUUCCAACACGAAAUACUAA